AUGGCACCUGGUAUCUUGGAAGAGAAUGCUUCCAAGCAAGCUCCCAUAGAUAACGCCCACGCAUCUGAGCCUCUCAAGCCUUCUGGGGUUCUGGACAAGUUCGACUACGAGGAGGUCACGCCAAUCAUUGGCCGUGAAUUCCCUCAACUCAACAUCGUCGACGAUCUUAUCAAUGCCGAGAACUCAGAUGAGCUGCUACGGGAACUCGCUAUCACCAGCAUGUGCAAAGUUUCUCGCCGCGGUGUCGUGUUCUUCCGCUCCCAAGAUAACCUCACCAACGAUCUACAGAAGCAGCUCGUAGACCGCCUCGGCAAGCUCACACAGAAACCAUCAGGCUCGACCCUGCACAUCCACCCCGUACUCAAUAACACCUCCGAAUUUGGCGUUAACGACGCUGAGAUCAGCACUAUCAGCUCUAAGGCUCGCAAGCAGAUCUUCAAGCACGACCGCCAAGCAGACAGGCGCCGCUACGAUGCUGCGCAAUGGCACUCUGACAUUCAGUUCGAGCCUGUGCCAGCCGACUACACUUCUCUGCGGCUAGUAGAACUCCCACGGGACGAACGAGGUAUCCCAACAGGCGGCGAUACCCUUUGGGCAAGCGGAUAUGAGAUCUACGAUCGCUUCAGCGCCCCCUACCGCAAGUUCCUCGAGAGCCUCACCGCAACAUUCUCAGGCGAGGGCUUCACCCGGGCCGCCGCCGCGAACCCUGACAAAGUAAAAAUCCAUGAAGGACCACGCGGCUCCCCAUCCAACGUGGGCAAAGAGCUCUCCGCCGUGCACCCCGUCGUGCGCACAAACCCCGUCACAGGCUGGAAGUCUGUCUUCGCCCUGGGCCCGUUUCCCAAGCAGAUCAACGAACUGCACUCGGACGAAUCUGAGGAGCUGCUUAAGAAGCUGCUCAGUGUCAUUCCAAACAGCCAUGACUUGCAGGUGAGACUAAAGUGGAAAAACGAGAAUGAUUUGGCGAUCUGGGAUAAUAGGAGUGUGUUUCACACCGCUACCUUUGACUAUGAGAGCUUGGGCGAGCGGUUCGGGAACCGCGCUGUGGGGAUUGGGGAAAGACCGUUCUUAGAUCCCAACAGCAAAUCACGGAGCGAAGCGCUGGCAGAGGAGGCUGGAGCAAAGGCUACCUUGCCUACGCGUAAGGCGGAAGGUGAGCAGAAGGAGCAGGUUCUCACAGGAUCUGCGUAG